GAAGUGGUUUGGUUUAUCUCGCCACGCCACGAAGCCUAUAUCAUGAGCCUGCCAAGUUUCCGUCUUUCUACUUUCGGCGUGUACCGAUCGCAGGAAAGAGACCGUGUCUCCGGAUAUGGAUAAUGUGUUGGAUUUUCUCCAAAAGAGCCAUGUACACAUUAAAGAUUGGGAAAAAGUGAAAGACAAAAUACAGUCUUUGGUUACCGGGAGGCACAACCAACUUCAAGUUGUAGCUGAUUUUGAUUUCACACUCACCAAGUUCCAUAAUAAUGGAAAAAAAAUUCCAUCAACUUACAGUGUUAUGGAAAGCUAUUCUAAUUGGCCAAUGGAAUGCAAAGAAGCUAUUAGACUGUUAAAAUCAAACUAUCAUGAAAUAGACAAUGACCCUCUCAGAACCAUCAAAGAGAAGACACCACUAUUAUUAGAUUUGUUAAGAGAUGCUUUCAAAAUAAUGCAGUGCAGUAGGCUACAGGAAAGUAAUUUCAAAUCUAUGGUGGAAGAGAGCUCUAUACAAUUCAGGGAAGGUGUUGAAAGUUUUUUUGAAGAUCUGAAUAUAGCCAACAUACCUGUACUGAUUAUAUCUGCUGGGCUUGGAAAUAUAAUUCUCGAAGUGUUAAGCAAGCAUAGUCUUCUGAAAAACAAUCUCAAAGUUAUAGCAAAUCAUGUUAAAUAUUAUCAAAUUGACGAUGAAAUUACUGAUGCGGUUUCAAGUCGCCAGUUUGUUCAUCCAUACAACAAAGAUAUUAUCUCAUCGCGCCUUUCGGACAGUUACUUUGAGAAUUUAUCACAUUGCAAAAAUAUGAUUCUUUUGGGGGAUUCAUUAGGAGAUCUUCACAUGUCUUGUGGUGCUGCCGCCAAUACCCUAUUGACAAUUGGAUUUCUUAAUGAAAAGAUUGAACAGUCCUUGGCGAACUACACGGAACAUUUUGACAUUGUUUUAGUCGAUGAUCAGACAUUUAAUGUACCAAAUUAUUUGAUAAAGUUAGUUGUGGGAUAAACUUCAACCAGGAUCUGAAUUCUGAAUUUGACAAAUAAAUGAAAAUUGUUUUCGUCCUUAAAUGCGGAAAUAUAAAUCCAGCCAUAACACAAA